UGAUUAAGCCACGUUUCGUAUAAAUAGACGAUAGAAUGGCAGACCCUUCAUUCGUCGUUUCAGCUUUCAGACGAGUGUUCAGUUCCAAUUCAAAAUGUUUUCCAAGAUUCUUCUUGCUGCCGUUGCAGUUCUGGUUGUUGUAGAAGCCAGUGUGAUUCCCGUUCAUCAACCAUUGCAUUAUCCAGUUCAUCAUGCUCCUCAACCAUACAAAUUUGGAUACAUCAUCAAAGAUCAUCACGGUGAACAGCAUAGAGAAGAAGUUGGUGAUGGUGUCAGCGGAGUGAAGGGAAGCUAUGGAUUCACUGAUGACAGAGGUAUCCAUAGACAAGUUAACUACGUUGCUGACCAUGCUGGUUUCAGAGCUCAAGUUAAGACUAACGAGCCCGGCACUGCUAACCAGAACCCCGCCGCUGUGCAAGUUAUAUCCUCCGCUCCCUAUGCCGGACACGUUGCUCCAGUAGUUGCCCCAAUCGUCGUGAAAUCUCCCGUCGUUGUAGAAACUCCCGUCUACGCAGCACAAGCUGUUCCAGUUGUCAAAGGAUAUGGACAUGGAUUUUAAAUAAUAAUAUCUUGUAGGUGCUGGAGGAUUAUGGAAUAAAAUAUGAAACGUCUCUUGCA